UUUAUCUUUAAAUAAAUCAAGAGAACGCCAUCUCCAGGUCAAUAAUGAACGAACUUUCAAAUGUCAAUGGCUAAGACCUUAGUGUAUAUAUAUAUACUAGCUAUACAAAUAGCAAUGCAAUGCAACUAGUUACUAAUAGCACAAGAAACAAGUUGCAAAGCAAGAGAAUUAGUAGGUAUGGGCAAUGGUGAGUACUCUCCAUUGUUUGAGACAAGAAGGGGCAAAGGUAGACUCAUCUAUAGAUCCUUUGCAAUCUCAUUAUUUGUGGCCAUAUGCUUCAUUUGGGUAUACAGAUUUUGCCACAUAGUGACCAAAAAGGGUGAAGAUGGAAAAUGGGCAUGGCUUGGAAUGUUUGGUGCUGAGCUAUGGUUUGGCUUUUAUUGGGUCCUCACUCAAGCUUUUCGAUGGAACCUUGUGUUUAGGCAACCCUUCAAGAACAAACUCUCUCAAAGAUAUGAGAAUAGGUUGCCAAGAGUGGACAUCUUUGUGUGCACAGCAGAUCCAGAUAUUGAGCCACCAAUGAUGGUGAUUAACACAGUGCUAUCUGUUAUGGCUUAUGAUUAUCCAACUGAGAAGAUGAGUGUGUAUCUCUCUGAUGAUGCUGGGUCGGAAAUCACGUUCUAUGCUCUACUAGAGGCGUCAAAUUUUGCAAAGCAUUGGCUUCCAUUUUGCAAGAGGUUCAAGGUGGAGCCCAGGUCACCUUCUGCAUAUUUCAAAGGCAUAGUCUCAUCUGGGUACCCAAGUGACCCUAGUCAUGCCAAAGAGUUGGAAGCUAUCAAGAAAUUGUACGAUGAAAUGGAAAGACGAAUUGAAGAUGCAACCAAGUUGGGUGGAGUACCCAAAGAAGCACGUUUAAAGCAUAAGGGAUUUUCUCAGUGGGAUUCAUACUCUUCUAGACGUGAGCAUGACACAAUUCUUCAAAUACUACUUCAUGACAAGGACCCUAAUAACUCCAAAGAUGUAGAAGGGGUAGUUUUGCCAACUCUGGUGUAUUUGGCUCGCGAGAAGAGACCUCAAUAUUUUCACAACUUCAAAGCUGGAGCUAUGAAUUCACUGUUAAGAGUGUCUUCGAACAUCAGCAAUGGGAAAAUAAUUCUAAAUGUAGACUGUGACAUGUACUCAAACAGUUCACAAUCUAUAAGAGAUGCUCUCUGUUUUUUCAUGGAUGAAGAGAAAGGCCAUGAAAUUGCUUAUGUGCAGUUUCCUCAGUUUUUUGAGAAUGUCACUAAGAAUGAUCUAUAUGGGGGUAGUCUAUUAUCAAUUAUCGAGGUGGAGUCCCCAGGUGCAGAUGGUUGUGGUGGCCCUUUGUAUAUAGGAAGUGCUUGCUUUCACAAGAGAGACACUAUCAUUGGCAUGAAGUUCAGUGAUCAAUACAGGAAUGAUUGGAAUAGUGAAGAUGAUCAAUUUAAAGAAACAAACCUGCAGAAACUAGAAGAAACAUCAAAGGCUCUUGCAAGCUGCACCUAUGAGGAAAACACACUAUGGGGAAAAGAUAUGGGCUUAAAAUAUGGGUGUCCAGUGGAGGAUGUGAUAACAGGAUUGUCUAUACAGUCCCAAGGAUGGAAAUCAGUGUACUACAACCCACCAAGGAAAGCAUUCUUAGGUUUAGCUCCAGCCACCUUGCCUCAAACUCUAGUUCAGCAUAAGAGAUGGUCUGAAGGAGACUUACAAAUUUUGCUUUCCAAGUAUAGUCCUGCAUGGUAUGGAUUUGGAAGGAUCAGUUUGGGCCUUCAAAUGGGAUAUUGUGUUUAUUGCUUAUGGGCACCUAACUGUUUUGCAAUGCUAUAUUAUUCUAUCAUCCCUUCACUCUACCUUCUCAAAGGCAUUCCCUUGUUUCCAGAGAUGUCAAGUCCAUGGUUCAUACCUUUCGCAUAUGUGAUGAUUGGGGAAACUGCUUAUAAUAUGUUGGAGUUUUUGUACUGUGGGGGCACAUUUCAAGGUUGGUGGAAUGACCUAAGGAUAUGGCUAUACAAAAGAACAAGCUCUUAUCUAUUUGCUUGCACUGACACCAUCUUGAAGGUUUUGGGGAUCUCAAACUCAACUUUUACAAUCACAGCUAAGGUCACUGAAGAAGAUGCUUUCAAAAGGCAUGAGAAAGAAAUAAUGGAAUUUGGAACCUCCUCUCCAAUGGUCACUAUAUUAGCAUCACUUGCAUUACUCAAUUUGUAUUGUUUUCUUAGAGUGUUGAAGGAUGCAAUCCUAGGAGAAGGUGGCACUGGAUCUUAUGAGAAAAUGGUAUUGCAAAUUCUUUUGUGUGGCUUUUUGGUUCUCAUCAAUUGGCCUCUAUACCAAGGACUUUUCUUAAGGAAGGAUAAGGGCAAAGUCCCCAGCUCUGAUGCCAUCAAAUCAACAACAUUGGCUCUAGCUAUGUUUAUUUGCUUCUACUUUGCUUGAACAAUAGUGUGCUUAUUUACACAUUUGGUUGACUUUCCGCAUGUUUCAAAGCUAAGUUUUAUCAGAAAAAAUUCUUGCUUACAUUUAUUAAUGAAAUUACUU